AAUGGGUGAAAACACCAGGGAAGAAGUAAAAUUGGAAGGGUAUGUGCUUAAAGAAGAAAUCCCCAUAAAAGAGGAAACUCCAUUAAGUUCAGUUGAUACAUACACUGUAUAUUUAAAAGAAGAAGAUGUCAAAACUGAAAUUUCAGAAAUCAAAGAUGAAGAUAUGGUUUUGAAAGAAGAUCCACUUAACUCGGAACUGAAUAGACCCAAGAAGAGGAAGAAACAAAAGCUGACCAGAUAUGAAUGUUUUAAAUGUGAAUAUUCUGCCUCUACAGCGAGUAACCUGAAACUACACAUGAAGAGUAAGCAUGAAGGUGUGAGAUAUCCCUGUGGAGAAUGUGAUUUUGUUGCAACAUUAGCAGGAAAUCUGAAAAUACAUAUAGAGAGAAAGCACUUAGGUUUGAGAUAUCCAUGCGAAGAAUGCAAUUUCGAGGCAACCCAAAAAUAUCUUCUAAAGACACAUAUUGAAAGUAAACAUAGGGGGAUUCAAUAUCCAUGCACUGAAUGUGAUUUCUCUACCACUCUUCCCUCGUCUCUAAAAGUGCAUGUUCAGAGUAAACACGAAAAAGUGAAGUAUUCAUGUAGUAAGUGUGAUUAUGUUGCGAGCCGACAAAAUAUUCUAAAGAUGCAUAUUGAGAGUAAGCAUGAAGGUGUGAAAUAUCCAUGUACUAAAUGUGAUUUUUCCGCACACAAGGCAAUUACCCUGAAGAGACACAUUGAAAGUAAACAUGAAGGGGUAAGAUAUCCUUGUGAACAAUGUCCAUAUUCUGCCACCACAACAAGUGACCUAAAGAAACAUAUUAGAGGUAAACAUGAAGGAGGAUAUCACUGUUACCAGUGUGAUUAUAUUGCCACACAGGUAGCUCAUUUAAAGACACAUAUUGAAAGCAUUCAUGAUGGAAUAAAAUAUCCCUGUGACCAGUGUACAUUUGCGGCUACUCGACCGGAUACUCUGAAGAAACAUAUAGAAAACAAACAUGAAGGUGUGAGAUACCCUUGUGAUCAGUGCAAUUUUUUUGGAACUUCCCAGAGGUAUCUAAAAUACCAUAAAAAGAGGGAUCACAUUGAGUGAAAUGUGAAUGAUAUAUUUUGAAAAAGUUUUAUGACUCAGACACUUUUACUUUACUUUUUUUCCUAAUAAAACACUCUUUUUA